AAAAGUGACCCUAAACAUUCUCAAAAUUCCAAGAAUAUCCCCUGUAUAUAAACCCAUUUUCCGACUGCCCCUUCGACGGAGCUUCCCGAAAUCGCACCGCCGCCUCAGAGAAAAAUGCAGAGCUCCGCCAUAGCUUUUUCCUCCUCCUCCCUCUCGCUCCACGCCGCUCGCCGGAAUUUCGAAAGGAAUGGCUGUAAUCACCUCUCGCCGUCCCCGGUGGAGCAGCUCCGUAUCACCACUGCUCCAUCGUUGACAGUGGUGUCGAAUUCGAAUUCUUCUUCGCGCCGGAGAUUGAGCGCGAUUGGAAGCUCUCUGAAGCCGAUCGGGUGGAUAUCUGACGCUAAUAAUGGAAGUUCGGACGGCAUUGUGGUUCGAGCCACGGCGGAGAGCGCCGGAGAGGCAGAGAGCGCGAAGUCUAGUCGCUUUGGGGAUAUGUUGGUUCUGGGGAUUCUUUUCAAUCUGUGGUACCUUUUUAAUAUCUACUUCAAUAUCUAUAACAAGCAGGUUCUCAAAGUUUAUCAUUACCCAAUUACAAUUUCUCUUGUUCAAUUUGCUGUGGGGACUGUUCUAAUAAUUUUGAUGUGGACCUUCAAUCUUCACAAACGGCCAAAAAUCAGUCGUUCACAGCUUGUUGCAAUUUUUCCACUAGCGGUGGUGCAUACAUUGGGCAAUGUCUUCACCAACAUGAGUCUUGGAAAAGUGUCUGUAUCGUUCACUCACACAAUUAAAGCUAUGGAGCCUUUCUUUUCAGUUGUUCUCUCUGCUAUGUUUCUUGGGGAGUUCCCUACCAUUUGGGUAGUUUCCUCUCUUCUACCUGUUGUGGGUGGAGUUGCUUUGGCUUCAAUGACUGAGGCAUCUUUUAAUUGGGUCGGUUUUUGGAGUGCCAUGGCAUCCAACUUGACAAAUCAAUCUCGCAAUGUCUUUAGCAAAAAGUUCAUGGUUAAGAAAGAGGAAUCCCUCGACAAUAUUACUCUCUUCUCAAUAAUCACGAUCAUGUCUUUCUUUCUGAUGAUACCUCCGACUCUUGUCAUGGAAGGCAUCAAGUUUACACCUUCUUACCUUCAGGCGGCUGGGUUGGAUGUCAAUCAAAUUUACAUUAAGACACUCCUCGCCUCCCUCUGCUUCCAUGCAUAUCAACAGAUUUCUUACAUGAUAUUGCAACGGGUAUCUCCCGUCACCCAUUCUGUGGGCAACUGUGUUAAGCGGGUGGUCGUCAUUGUGUCUUCUGUCCUCUUCUUCCGAACACCAGUUUCACCCAUCAAUGCUCUAGGUACCGGAAUAGCUCUUGCCGGAGUUUUCCUGUACUCAAGAGUGAAGGGCAUUAAAUCGAAGCCAAAGACUGCUUGAACUUGGUAAGAAAGUAUAUGUGAUACAUAUUAGACUACAUUAUUACAAAAGUUUUUAUGCAGGAAAUCAAUUGUUAGGGUGUUCAUUCUUUAAAGGAUUCCUCUACUUGGUUUGUUUUCGUCAUCAUAAUUGGAAUUGUAUGUAUUACUGUCUUCAAGAAUUGAGCCUCUAAGAUGUGUGGUUUUGGUGA